AUGGCGGUUGAUUUGACUCCUCGGUUUCGACGGUUGAACAGCCAAACAAGAAGUUUUCGUGAAAAUAUACAGCACGGUUUCUCAGGGCCCUUCGGUGCCACCCAGCUGUGGCACAACAUUAUCCAAGCCCUGCAGACUCAGGUUGAGGUGCGUCGCUGCAGGAGACAUCUACGUGUUCAUCCUGAAUGUUUUACAGGCUCAGACGCUGUGGACACAGUUCUCAGUUAUUUGAUGCAGAAUGUGGUGUUUUGCACAAGUGAAGUGUCUCGCCUCAAAGCUGCUCGACUCUGCCAGGCUCUGAUGGAGGCGAAGGUGUUUGAGCCAGUGGGCACAAAGCUGUUUCGUAGAGACAAAGAAGUGGCCUUUGAGGACAGCAGCUGCAGCCUUUACCGUUUUCUGGAAUAUAAAGUAAGAUUGAAUUCUGCCAUUCACGAGGGCAGUGGUGAUGCAGAAAACAUACCACCACAGGAACAGGGGAUAAAGAGGAAGAAAAGCUCAAGGCUGAAUGACCUGAGGACGAUCUCCAAUCCUCUUGCUGUCGGUCCAUCAGACAGGAGGGUUGAAAGGCUGCUGAGGACCAUCAACCUGCAACCAUCUUUGUCUCCAGCUCGAAACACAACCCUCAGGAGUUCUGCUUUUCUGUCCAAAGCUGUGGUGGAUGAGGUUUGGAAGCAGCAGACCCUCUUGCAGCUGCUGCAGAUAGUAGAGCUGCCCAUGUUGGACUGCAUACUGACCUCUCCUGAAAGGAUUCAGCCUGGGGCCUGCAGAGCUGCUCUGGUGAACCAGGACCUGGUUAUCUCAAACACAUGCCUGGAAAGAGAGCUGCCUGACACCCUGAACCUACCCCAAUUGGAUGGGUGGCUGUCGGCAGCAGCAGACUGCUUGGAGCUCUUUCCCGACCAGCUGAUCGUGGUUGCAGGGGAACAGCUCAGUCAGCGAGAUGGUAAACCCUCUUUGGACGAUGGCAGUGCAGAGCAGAUUGCAAAUCAGAAGAGACUGCUCUUUGACACUAUUGCAAAGUACUACAAUGGACAGGAAAAAGCCCCACUUCUUUCAGGACGCUACCUGGAUAUACAUACUGCAAUUCUGGAUUUACUGGAUGAAGGGAAGGUGCAGGAUGCCAUCAGAGCAUCUCAGUUGUGUUUACGAUUGCUGGAGACGAGUGUGAGAGAUGAACUGCGGAGACUACUAGCCUUCAUGAGCACAGCAGCUCACUUGGAGGCCUGCCGUCUGCAGAAACAGACUGAUAACAGGGCCUUGGUCAGCCGCACUUUUCAGAGAGCACUCGUUCAAAAUCAUGAACUGACUCGAUCGCAGAGUGAAACUCUGGCACUGUUUCUCAUGGACAAUCAUACUGAGCUCUUCAAGACUCCUACUGCUCUUAUUGAUGCUGUGCAGAGGACACUGAGGACUAUGCAGCAGGGCAAAGACCCGGACUCCAUUGCAACGUUCACCUUCUGCCAGCAGGUGACUCCACAGGAAUACGAGGACCAGCGGGAGGCUACUACAUUGGAAAGCCUCAAACAACUUCUUCGUGACAUUUCCUCAUGCAAGAGCAUGCCAGUCAAGGAGAAGAGGAGGAUGCUCAAAGAGUUUGAGAAACAUCACCCUGUGGUGUUCCUCCAACAUUUCUCCAGCACUUUCUGAAACAUAUGACUAACUGGUUCGAUAUACUGUCUUUCCAUAAGUAAUGACUUGCAUACAGCCACACUUUUAACGUGUAGUAUGCAGAGAAAGUAUGACAUGGUUAUGACACUAAAUAGGGAAAGUUAGGAUUUUAUUUGUAAAUCGGAGGCUAAGUCUGGAUUUUAGAAGAAGUGACUACUGUCUCACAGCCAUGGAUGCCUUUUUUAACUAAUACACAUUGCAAUUCAAUGAAGCAUUGGGAGCCUUUUUAUGAAAGGCAUUAAGUCACUGUAGAUUUCAAGGUUUUGCACUAGUUUAAAGAUGAUAAUUGCGCUUUCUAAUUCUUUGAUCCAAGGUCACCUAAUGCAGGUUUUUAAAAUAGUUUUUCUACAUUGUUAACAGACUUUAUGUUUCAUAGAUCAGUAAUGUUUAAAUAGAACCCCGCAUAGAUCCAGCAUUACUAUAAAAUAAUUAUUCUGUACAAAAAGGUUGUAAAAGGGAUUACUUAAAUAAAAUACUCAGAAUUUUAUCAAUUUAGCCUUUAGCCAGCUGUUUUGAUGUAGCAUUUAUCGAACAGCUUGUGUACUAAUUGAUGUACUUCUACAAUGAAGUACUGUAUUUGGAUAAAGCUAAUGUGUUCGACUGAAGAGCUUUUUCGUGAGGUUGAUUUAGGCUUUAAAAAUGGUUUUGUGCUUUUCAGAGGUAAUCCUGUGCACUUUUAUUAGGCGUUGAUAUUUCUACAUAUCAAAUUAAGAAUAACAAUUUUAUAGCCAUUUUGGUGGCGCUGUGAGAGCAUGUUGUGUUUAAGAAAAAGCACCAGUAAAUUUAAAUGUAACACGAAUAACUUUAAUACACUAAGCAUAAAAAGUUUUUUUCAACAAGAUUUUAAUAUGAAAUGGAAGCAGAGAGGCUACAGUAAUGCAUUAAGGUAACCAUAGCUCAGGUAAAUGUUGUAGGCUUUAAUUUUAUGGGUUUUAAAUGCAUUUAGUGCAGUAACCCAAGCAUUUUUAACUAUUACUUUUUAGAAUUUUACUUGAAAUGUAGACGUUAUGACUUGAAAAGGUGGAAGUUAGGUGUGCUCUGACUUGAUAUUAUUUUAGGCUACUAAUUUAAUUUUAAACGUGAUGCCUCAGUUGGAUUUUUAAAUGAAUUUUCUUUAUUUUGUGAAGCAAUGGUCAUGCAGAAGUAAUUUACAGUCAAAUCUCAUUUUAGUCAGCAUCUUUUUCUUUGAAAACACUGAAAUCAUGUUAGAAUGCACUUUAUGAUGCUGAAAUAUGCUUUACUUAAUAAUACAUCUAAUAAAAAUUGUUCUCUGAAACAAGA